AUGGAUCAUGAAACUUAUAUUAAAUCUCGCUCCGAAUUUUUCUACAUGUUUCACAACCACGCAAGUCGUUUUGGGUCAAAAAGUGACACUAUGAGAAUCUUCGCUUGGUUACUGAUCAUACUUCACAUUACGAGUGGACGCGAGUAUGAUGCAUACGAUGCACACAACUGCGGUAAAUCGCAAAUAAAUGCUGCACGCAAUUCAGUGAAAAUGGGAGCCAGACAAUCUUUCACUGCUGAUGCUCACUCCAACAACGCAAACAUUGGCAGUAGUUCAGCGAGUCAAGAGUUGGACGAUAACGUCGUUGACGAUGAAGAUAAGGACGAUUUUAUGCAGGAAAAGAUAAUGGGAGGUAGACGAGCUGAAAGAGGUGAACUUCCAUGGGCAAUAUUGCUUCACAUUAAAGGAACAUGCGCUGGAACGCUGAUUUCAAGACGACAUGUUAUCACUGCAGCUCAUUGUUUUCGGGCACCGGGGAUCAAAAACCAAUGCAGCACCUCAGACAUGCUCUCACCAGACUUUGUGUUAGACAACACGAAAGUCUUUAUUGGUGGAACUUGCAGUUCGGCAGGCAGAUUUGGUUGUAUUAGGUCGGAUAUUGGUAGAGUUUACAAAAUUGCCCGCGCAUUUUACGAGGAUUACUUCAAAUUUGGCUGUAAAGGCACUCACGACAUAGCGAUUCUCGAGUUGGCUGAGGACGUCCCAGAGACAAUAAAUCAUGUUUGCCUACCUUUUAUGCACAAAGUGGAAGAAUUAGAAGAUCCUUAUCUGAAGCUAAGAGUAUUUGGAUGGGGAAGAGAUCCAUUAAACCAUAACAACAAUCUUUCACCUUACUUGCAAAUAACGGAAUUAGGUGCAAAAUUACCGAAGUCAGUCUGCAACAAAACGAACAAACUUAAAGCAAAAGAUGCGUUCUGCCUCAAGUCCGGUCAGCAGCAAUGGUGCAAAGGUGACAGUGGCGGAGGAGUAACAGCUACAAUUCGUGGAAGAGAUUACUUAAUGGGAGUAGCCAUGCGGGGACCUCGUUGUAAUGUGGUUGCUCGAAAUGUUAAGGGUAUUUUUAAUCCAAAGGUUGCCAUUGACAUUAUGUAUUACAAGAAGAUGAUAGAAACAUGGAUUCGGGCAAGUAGAAAAUUCAAGAUUGUAAAUACACGUAGAAGCUAACAGUCUUAGACUGGGAUAACGAUUUAUUCAGUAGCAUUCUUCAUCUACCAUAUUUGAUCAUUUCCAAUGUUUUGAUGAUGC